UGAUUCGAGAUCGAAUGACAGUCGCGCAUGGAUCUUUGAGAAACUCACAGGUUGAAAUUAAUCCAAUCGAAUACAACAACAAUGGACUCAAAAGAAAUUUAAUAUCAUUUCGUGGUUUUCUCCUUGCCGUAGAUUGGAAUCGAUACUGUGAUAUCAUUACGCUAGUUGAACGGGCAAUUAAAAAAUAAGCUAUACGUUCGUAUUGUAAACAAGUCACAUUCAAUUGCGUCAGGCAGGUAUAGCCAAAAGCAAGGUGAGCACUUUUUUUGCAUGGCAAACGUUUAAUAUUUUGCAUAACUAGAUUUUGACCUCCGAAUGCGCGAAAUGGAAUACUGACCGCUCAGAUAAAGAAGCAAGACGGCGAUAACCCAUGACACUGUGGCGAGAACGGAGGAAGAGGAGCAAUGAUUUCUGGAUUCGAGAUACUUGGCAUGUUGCUGGCAAUUAACCUUGCCAUGGCAGGGUUAGAACCGAGUCAGAACGCAGUUCCAUAUCUAGUCGAUCAGAACAUGCUGGAUGAGCUGGAAAUUCAUGGAUAUGAACUUACACAGUCGCAGAAUUUUCAGAGGCAGGACGCUAUGCUGAGAGCUUGUAACCAAUUGAAGGAUGAACUAGAGUACAAAUCGGUAGAUGAGUUGAACUCGUUUCAGAUGAGUCAUUUGCUAAUCGACGAAGAACACAAGUUUUUGUAUUGUUAUGUUCCAAAGGUCGCGUGUACGAAUUGGAAGCGAAUUCUGAUGAUCAUGACAAAUAAAUGGAACGGAUCGGAUCCACUGCAAAUUCCAGCUGACACAGCUCAUUCGAUCGGAAUGUUUAAAACGUUCAGCUCACUCAAUUCGGAAGAACGACAAACGGUAUUAACGGAGUACAAUCGUUUCGUUCUAGUGCGGCAUCCCUUUGAGCGUUUACUUUCUGCCUUCCGUAAUAAACUGGAAGGAAACUCCAAAAGUGCCAAAUAUUUUCAGUCCCGCGUAGGCAAACUCAUUAUCAAAACAUUCCGCCAGAAUGCGUCAAACAGCUCGUUGGAGUACGGUCACGAUGUGACCUUCCUGGAGUUCAUUCAGUAUCUGCUGACGCCGGAGUUAAGCCGCAACUCGAACCUUUCGUUCAACGAGCACUGGGAACCGGCCUCGAAACUAUGCCAUCCGUGUCUGCUACAGUACAACAUUAUCGGCAAGUACGAGACGCUGGUCGAUGAUUCGGCACUGGCACUCCAUCUGGCCGGUGUGAGUGAUAUCAGCUUUCCCAUUGCGUACAAGACGUCCGGCACUAACGAACGGUUGCGCAAGUAUUUCAGCGACAUUCCACUGCGGAUUAUCAAGAGCUUGUACCGUCUGUACGAGGAUGAUUUUCGGCUUUUCGAUUAUGGCCUGGAUGAGAUACUGGGCUUCGAAUUGGGAUGAGUUAAGAGAUACCGCAGAUCGGUCGAUACCAAAAGGUUUGUUGUGACAAAAGUGGUUGGUACCAAGUACCUAGUGUUAUUCAUCAUAGACAAUUUAUAAGACUUUAUGGACAGGUUUUAGUAGGGCUUUGAUUUGACAAUCAGAACUAAGGCGUAGCUUUAAAUUAAUACAAGUAUUUAUUAAAAUCGAUGCAUACGCUUCGCAGUGGCUUAUUAAAAGUGUGUCGACGUUAACACUUUUGGCAAAUGUGUACAACGACUAACAUUCGCAGUUUAUACAAUAUUUUUAGAUGUGAUUUACCAAACUGUUCCGUACUUAUUAAUACUACUUGUGGAAAACUCUGUGAUGGCAGCUUUUUGUCGUAAAUAAAAUGAUUUUACAAUUGGCAACAA